AUGACUUCGAUUAUUCGCAUUCAGCCUCUAAGAAGAGCAACCAACUUGACAAUUCCUCUCAUCCAUCGAGUUCCUAUUUCUCACUCGCCAUGGAGACGAUACGCCCAUAGUUCCUACGGAGGAGAAGGCGAGCAAAAGUCCCAGGGCCCGGGAAACAAUCCCACACGAAACAUUGAACAUCCAGGACCACCCCCUCCAGACGUCGGUCAGAAAUCCUCCUCAUCUUCUUCUCAAUCCACUGCUUCAACCCCGAAAUCCUCAGCGCCCAAAGAACCCGAACCCGCAGAGGAACGGCCUAUCGAGACGACGCCCUCUAACAAUGCCCGUCCUACGUUGUCAGACGCUCGCCAAUCACCCAAUGUGGAUGAAAAUGGCAAUCCGCGCCCAGAUGUGCCAGAGGAUGUGAAGCAGCAUAAUGCGGAGGUGGAGAAUCGGUAUGAUCGAUCUUAUAAUCAGAUUGCGGAUGAGGGGAAGAUUCAGAGGGGAAGCUGGACGGGUAAUUCUUAG